AUGGGUUUGUUAUCUGCUGGAACGCCCCUGAGUUGGGAUGAUACCAAGAAAGUUGCCGAUCACAUACGAAGCCAUGGGAUCACCCAAUUCCUGCAUAUCUGGGACCGAUUAAAGGACAAGAAUGGUGAUGAGUUGCUCUGGGGCGACGAGAUUGAGUACAUGGUCGUCGUGCUCGAUGACAAAACGAAGAAUGCCAAACUUUCCCUUCGUCAGACUGAGAUACUCACCAAACUCAGUUCCAUCGUGAACAAUUUAUCGUUAGAGACUGAAGACGCUAUCGCAAUACCAACCUUCCAUCCAGAAUAUGGACGGUACAUGCUGGAAUCCACUCCUGGUUCUCCAUUCACGGGAUCCAUCACCGAUCUACUCUCAGUUGAAAAGAACAUGCGCUAUAGGAGAACUCUGGCUCGGAGAUACCUAAAACCAAAUGAAAUACCGUUAACUUUGACUUCCUUUCCCCGCCUCGGUUCCCCUGGUCAAUUCACGGAACCUUACCACGACCCUCACGAUGCUGUUUCAAGCCAUAGCUUAUUCCUCCCAGAGCAGAUAACUAAUCCACAUGCCCGAUUUCCUACCCUAACUGCCAAUAUUCGCCGUAGGCGAGGGUCCAAAGUAGCUAUAAACUUACCGAUCUUUGUUGAUGAGAAGACACCCCGCCCUUUCAUUGAUCCAACGAUUCCAUGGGACCGUUCAAUUUAUGCAGAGGACCCAGAGGCUAAAAACGGAGCCGCUCUUCCCGACCAUAUCUACAUGGAUGCUAUGGGUUUUGGUAUGGGGUGCUGUUGCUUGCAACUAACAUAUCAAGCUUGCAAUGUGAGCGAUGCCCGACGCUUAUACGAUGGGUUAAUACCCAUUGGUCCCAUUAUGUUAGCUCUGACUGCUGGAAGUCCAAUCUGGCGGGGAUUUCUUAGCGAUGUAGACUGCCGAUGGAAUGUCGUAGCAGGAAGUGUAGACGAUCGUACGGUAGAAGAACGAGGCCUUAAGCCCCUUGAACAUGACCGGUUUAAAAUCCCGAAGUCGCGCUACGACAGCGUGGAUUUGUACAUUUCAGAACAUUGGAGGAACAGACCGGAAUAUAAUGACCAGCCUGUGGUUAUUGACCCCUGCAUCUAUAAUCGUUUACGGCAGCAUGGACUCGACGAUUUGCUUUCCAAGCACAUCGCACAUUUAUUCAUCCGUGAUCCACUGGUGGUAUUUUCUGAAACUAUAGAUCAGGAUGACAAAGAAAGCAGCGACCAUUUUGAAAACAUUCAAUCCACUAAUUGGCAAACAUUGCGAUUCAAACCUCCACCUCCCAAAUCACCCAUCGGCUGGCGGGUGGAGUUUCGUAGCAUGGAAGUCCAGAUGACUGACUACGAGAACGCGGCCUACGCAGUUUUCAUAACCCUUCUUUCGCGUGCCAUCUUGAGCUUCAAUCUAAACUUUUACAUACCAAUUUCGAAGGUGGACGAAAACAUGUCGCGCGCGCAAGGAAGAGGUGCUUCGCAGUCAGAGAAAUUCUAUUUCCGCAAGGACGUCUGCCCGGGCGGAAAUAGUCUAAAGUCAUCUGGCUCCAGCUCGCCAGUCGAUGAAUCCCGACCAAAGGACAGGAAGAUGCGGAAUUGCUUUCCGCCUCCAGAAAUACCCGAAAACGGUGUGCCUAAGGGACCUGUAGAGGAAGAAUACUCGGAAAUGACCAUACACGAGAUAAUAAACGGAAAGGGAGACUCCUAUCCAGGUCUCUUAGGUUUAAUAUGGGCGUACAUCGACACACUGGAUGUUAGCCAACAAGAAUUGUCCAAGAUUCAUAGCUACCUUGAUCUUAUCCGUCGUCGGGCGAACGCAGGUUCUUUGCUAACACCCGCAACUUGGGUUCGAAAUUUCGUCCGCACACAUCCGGCAUAUGCUCACGAUUCUGUUGUGACACAAGAGAUAAAUUAUGAUCUAAUAGUGGCAGUCGAUGAAAUCGAGCGCGGCGUACGAAAUGUGUCUGAUCUUCUUCCUGAAGAUUAUACCGGCGGAGAAGCUGAUGGGGGCUCUAUAUCCCCUUGA